AUGAGUCUCUCAAUGAAACCAGCAACGCCAUGCACAUUUCCCACCACAACUAGACCAGCCAAGCAUGUUUCUGUCCGUUGCUGCACUCUCACUCAAACGGCUGUGAGACCACUCAAAAUGUCCUUAGAUACUCAUCAACCGGCAGUCAAGAGUUGGGAACAUUUGCUCGACCCUCUUGAUUAUGACCCAAUGGCUUCACUUUUCACAUCUAGAGCCGUUAAGUUGGGCAACAAAUGGAAGGAGUAUCUAGGGGUUAAAAACUGGGAAGGUUUACUCGAUCCAUUAGACGAAAAUUUGCGGGGCGAAAUACUUCGGUACGGUAGCUUUGUUGAAGCUGCAUAUAGGUCAUUUAACUUCGAUUCGUCGUCGUCGUCGUACGGAGCUUGCAGGUACCCGAAAAGUACAUUAUUAGCCCGUUCGGGGUUGCACCAAACCGGUUAUCGUUUAACUAGACAUUUACGUGCCACGUCAGGGAUACGAUUGCCACGUUGGGUUGAAAUGGCGCCAAACUGGGUGGCAACGAAGUCUAGCUGGAUUGGUUACGUGGCAGUCUGUCAGGAUAAAGAGGAAAUCGCCAGGCUUGGCCGGAGAGACGUGGUGAUUGCUUUGAGAGGCACCGCUACUGGUCUUGAAUGGCUUGAAAAUUUCCGUGCUACUCUUACUCCAGUCCCCAAUGCUGACACCAAACCUACACACCACGAUGACGGCGACGGCGACGACUCGGAACCCAUGGUGGAAACCGGGUUCCUCAGCCUUUACACGUCGGGAACAGACGAGGUACCGAGCUUACAAGAAAUGGUCCGUGAAGAAAUCUCACGGUUGCUACAAACGUACGGUGACCAGCCUCUGAGUUUAACCAUCACAGGACACAGUCUCGGUGCGGCUCUGGCUACUCUGACCGCUUACGACAUAAAAACCACCUUUAAACGUGCUCCGAUGGUGACCGUCAUGUCGUUCGGAGGUCCACGUGUAGGUAACCGGAGCUUUCGUUGCCAACUAGAGAAACAAGGGACGAAAGUGUUGAGAAUAGUGAACUCUGAUGAUCUUAUCACAAAAGUACCCGGGUUCGUACUAGAGGAAGAAGACGCUGACGUGCCGAAAGACCAAAACGUCUACGUGGCGGGUUUGCCUAGCUGGAUCCAAAAACGGGUCGAAGACACACAGUGGGUAUACGCGGAGGUAGGAAGAGAGCUUAAACUCCGCAGCAGAAGCUGCCCGUACCUUAAAAAUAUCAACGUUGCCACAUGUCACGACCUCAAAACAUACCUCCAUUUAGUCAACUAUUCAUGA